AUGGCUUUGUUAAGAGCAAAGAAAGAAAUCAAUAAAUUCAAAAGGCACAAAAACGAUGCACCAAUAAGCAUAGUAAAAGCUUUUCCAAAUGACUUAUUGGUUGAUAUUGUGGGAAAAGUUGCUUCAGGUUCAAUGGUUGAUUUAUACAAAAUAAAAUUGAGUUGCAAAGAAUUUCUCAGUGCUUCAGAAGACCGUUUCGUGUAUCAACAUGCAUCUUUGGAUAAGUUUGCAUUAAUUCCACUUCCAUGGUUCACCGAAGAAAAAGAAACCUCGUUCUUGAGACGUUGUAGGGAAAGUGGUAAUUUGGAGAUUCUUUAUCGUGAAGGAAUGGAGCAAUAUUUUAGUACUUCGAUGUUGAAUAAUUUAGGUUUUGAGAAUUUGAAGAAGGCUGCAUUAGAGGGUCAUCAUGAUGCGAAAUAUGUUUAUUCUAUGCUUUUGAUGGCUAAUUGUGAAGACGAAGAAGGAAGAAAACUUGGUUAUGAUCUCUUUGGUGAAUUGAAAAAUUCCACAUGCAUUAGUAUUACAAGGAAGAGGGUGAAGUCUUUUAUUCAAAGCAUGUGGGUGAAAAAUCAUGUGGUGGUUCAAAAUCAAGCAGUGUCUUUGUGUUGUUCUAGCACAUGUCAGAGCCGUGGGACAAUGAAGGUGGUGAAGAAUCAUUCAACAUGGUCUGUUGAUGAAUUUGAUAAUGAAGAUGUUGGUGUUUCAUGCAAAUAUUGCGACGGAAAUUAUGAAUUGAGUUUAUUUUGUAAGAUGUUUCACGUCUAA